CGCGGGAGCCUGGCCUGGGAGGCGCCGCGAUGCCGGACCCGCGGCUCCUGGUGCUGUUCGGCAGCCAGACGGGCACGGCCCAGGAUGUUUCGGAGCGGCUGGGACGCGAGGCCCGGCGCCGGCGCCUCGGCUGCCGCGUGCAGGCCCUGGACGCGUACCCGGUGGUGAAUCUGAUUAACGAGCCCCUGGUGAUAUUUGUUUGUGCCACCGCAGGCCAGGGAGAUCCCCCCGACAACAUGAAGAACUUUUGGAAGUUCAUAUUCCGGAAGAAUCUGCCGCUCACUUCCCUCUGCCAACUGGACUUUGCGGUGCUGGGCCUUGGCGACUCCUCGUAUGCCAGGUUCAACUUCGUGGCUAAGAAGCUGCACCGCCGGCUGCUGCAGCUUGGGGGCAGUGCCCUCCUGCCCGUGUGCCUAGGAGACGACCAGCACGAGCUGGGGCCAGAUGCCGCCAUGGACCCAUGGCUACAGGAGCUGUGGAACAAGGUGCUGGAGCUGUACCCGUCGCUCCUCGGCCUCCACAUCAUCCCCCCUGGGACCCCCCUGCCCUCCACUUUCACCCUGCGCUUCCUUCAGGAAGCCCUCACACCUCUGUCGGAGGAGCAGCCUGUAGUUCUAGCAGCCCCCUCGAGGCCCCCUUCCGAGAACCAGCCCUUCCUGGCACCCAUGAUCACCAACCAGAGGGUCACUGGCCCCACGCACUUCCAGGACGUCCGGCUGAUUGAGUUUGAUAUCACAGACUCUGGACUCAGCUUUGCUGCUGGGGACGUGGUGCUGGUCUGGCCUGAGAACACAGCUGAGAACGUGCGCCGUUGCUGCCGGGCGCUGGGCCUGCACCCUGACCAGCGCUUCACACUGCAGCCCCAGGAGCCAGGCGUCUCCUGCCCUGUCCGGCUGCCCCAGCCCUGCUCUGUGCACCACCUCCUGUCCCAGUACCUGGAUAUUGCCAGCGUGCCCCGCCGCUCCUUCUUCGAGCUCCUGGCCUGUCUCUCGCCCCAUGAGCUGGAGCGAGAGAAGCUGCUAGAGUUCAGUUCUGCCCAGGGCCAGGAAGAGCUGUAUGAGUAUUGCAACCGGCCACGCAGGACCAUUGUGGAGGUUCUCUGUGACUUCCCGCACACCGCCAGUGCCAUCCCCCCAGACUACCUAUUGGAUCUCAUCCCCCCGCUGCGGCCUCGGGCCUUCUCCAUUGCCUCUUCUCUACAGGCACACCCAAACAGGCUGCAGAUCCUCGUGGCCGUGGUGCAGUACCAGACACGCCUCAAGGAGCCACGCCGGGGCCUCUGCUCCUCCUGGCUGGCAUCUCUGGAUCCUGCCCAAGGAGCAGUCCGCGUGCCCCUAUGGGUGCGGCCUGGGAGCCUGACCUUCCCGGACGGCCCAGGAACACCCGUGAUCAUGGUGGGGCCAGGCACAGGGGUUGCGCCAUUCCGGGCAGCCAUCCAGGAGCGCGUGGCACGGGGCCAGAAAGGAAACUUCCUCUUCUUUGGCUCCCGCCGGCGGGACCAGGACUUCUACUGGGAGGCUGAGUGGAGGGCGCUGGAGGAGAGAGGCUGCCUGACCUUGGUCACGGCCUUCUCCCGGGAGCAGGAGCAGAAGGUGUACGUGCAGCACCGGCUGCAGGAGUCCGGCCCGCUGAUGUGGGAGCUGCUGGACCGCCGGGGUGCCUACUUCUUCCUUGCAGGGAACGCCAAGCUCAUGCCCGCGGCCGUGUCGGAGGCCCUAAUAUCCAUCUUCCAGGAGCAGGGCAGGCUCUCGGGCCCCGAGGCAGCCGCCUACCUCGCCAGGCUGCAGCGUGAUCUGCGCUUCCAGAUGGAGACGUGGGCCUGAGGGCAGUCCCCUCCAUGCUGGACUCUGCCAGGGCCAGGGGUGCCCCCACCGUGACCGGAAGGCCCCAGGCCCUCCGCUACAUCCUGUGGCACCCCGUGAUGG